GCAAGUAUUUAAAAAAAUAUCAAAAAAUUACAAAAAAAAUGUAUCGCCUGAGAACUUUAUUUAACUUUUUACAAAUUGAUGUCAGACGGAAGUCGAAAAUUGCGAAUUUGUCGCAAAAAAUCGAUAGCAAUAAUGUAUAUCGAAAGUACAGCACGUGUCCGGCUGGCAUGAAGGUCACUAUUUGUGGAGCAGCCGGGAACACAGGUCAGCCAUUAGCAUUGCUAUUAAAACAAAGUCCGUUACUCGAUGAAAUAGCUCUAUAUGACAUUUGCCCCACUUGCGGGUACGGCAUGGAGUUAAGUCAUGUUGACACCAAAUGCAAGAUCUCAUCGUUUUCUGGACGCCAUAUGCUUUGCGAUGCGCUAAAGGACGCCAAAGUAGUAGUCAUUGUGGCUCGUGAUGAAGAAGACAGUUUUGAAAAAAGCGCGCCAAUAAUCACCGAAAUCGCUCUGCAGAUUUGCAACACAUGUCCUGACACCUUUACCAUAGUCGGUACGGAGCCUGUGGAAAGUAUGGUGCCUUUAGUCAGCGAAAUACAAAGACUUCGAAACGUGUACAACCCUCGCAAGCUGCUCGGUUGUGUUGAGCUCCAUUGCGUGCGCGCUAACACCGUGCUAGCGGACUUCCUGCGCGUGCCGCCAGAGAGCGUGCGCGUGCCCGUCAUUGGUGGCGCCACGCCUAACACCAUGGUGCCGGUGCUCUCCAGUGCAGUACAUCCCGGAACAUUGACGCAGGAACAUGUGGAGUGCGUGACAUCUUGUAUAAUGGGUGGCACGGAGGCGGUAUGCGCUGCUAAGGGCUGUAGGCACGCAACGGCGAGCCUAGCGGGCGCAUACGCCCUCGCUCGCAACACGCUCAACGUGGUGAAAGGCUUGCAGGGCGGCAAGGUGGAGCAGUGUGCAUACGUCGACUGUCUGGGCACUUGCGCUCCUAACUGUCAGUUUUUCGCCAGUGAAGUUAUUCUUGGUUCGACGGGAAUAGAGAAAAACUUGGGAAUUCCAGAGUUGACUAAAUUCGAAAAUUGUCUUCUUUGCAAAUGUCUUCCUUACGUGCAAAAUGAAAUAGCUAGAGCUAUUUGGCUGGUAUACACGAUGUGCCAGCAAUGCACGUGCUACUGUUCACCUUCACCCAGCGAGUGUUAUGUACCGCCGUGCCUGCCCUGCGCUCCGCCUACCAACUGGACAUGCGAGUGCCCCGACUCCUGCCGCGACGAAUACCUCGCCUCGAUUUGUCGCGAGAUGACGUGUCGUUGCGGCACCACGGAGUUGUGUUGGAAGCCGCGCGAGUUCGACUUCUACACGGACCGCGCGACUAAGGGCCGGCAGCGGAUGAUGGAACACAGCGCCGCUUGCAACGAUUGCCGAAUGCCGAAGAGCGUGCGCAUCGAACAGGAGAUACGAAACCGAGCCAAGACACCAAGAUGCAACUGAAUUAGAACAAAAAUGUUUAAAAAAAGGCUGUUUUAAACCGUGGUUUCUAAGGAUGCUGGGGCGGGGAAUCUGUGUUUUAAGAUCCGGCCCUGAGGUCAUCAGUUAGGGGUCAUAUCCGAGCGGAUUUUCUUUAACCAGGAAAACAUAACAAAUUUUUUGGAGCCGUAGACAGACUACAAAUACGGCAUAAUAUAGUAAAUACGAUGCACACUAAAAUAUGAGUACACAAAAGUUUUAUAAAGCUCUUGACAUUUGACACUUUUAAAUUACUUUUGCAUAUUUUUGAAUUGUUUGAUAUUU